UGUUGUCAUUACAAAAUCUGAUCAAAAACUGAAAUGAAAAAUAAUUAAUUUUGUUAUCGAAUUCAAUUUAAUUUUGCGUGUUUUAUCGAAGUUUUUAUUUCAAUCACUAUUUAAUUGUCUUGUUACAAGUUGAAUACUCUUCAAACUAACCAAAAGUGCUCUUAGCUUUGUUAUUGAAUCAAAAUUCGCGAAGACAUUCCCAUUCCUGAUGGCCAUCUGUUAAGCAUUCAUCGCUUAUCAAUUACAAUUUCUUCCGAAGAUCAAUGUCGAAAAACUUCACAAUGCCCGCUGGCGAAGCAAGAUACAUCAAGAAGAAAGUGAAAACUGGUACAGUUGAUAUUCACCCUACCGAAAAUUGUCUAAUCGUUAAUUACGAAGUUGAAGCUUUCAUCUUGGGUGACGAUGGCCAACCCAUGAUUGGAGACCAAAAGAAAUGCCAAAAACUGAUUCGAUUCCAUAGCUUGAAUCCGGCCACCAAUUGCGCUGCCCUAGCCAAAGACGUAAUCAACAAAUGUAAACUAAUUCAUCCUUCGAAGCUGGACGAAGUUCAACAUCUGUUGAGAUAUUUACAGUAUAGACGUCAGUGUGCAUCUUCUAUAUCAGUAAAAAGUACCGAAAGCGUAGAUUCUUCUUCUUUCGAUGAACCACCUGCGAGUAAAACGGAAGAAAAAGCUAAUUUAUUGGAUUUGGAGAACUACAUAGAAUUACUUUACGAAGAAAUGACCGAUAAAAUAAAAGGUUCCGGAUUGAUAUUACAACUAUGCAAAGAUAGUUCCAAUUUAGACGAAUUAACCAAAAACGAAUCGUUAUUAAGUGUACUAUAUCGAGUUCUACGAGAAGAUUGGAAAAAGAAUUUAGAUCUGAGCAUCAAUUUGGUGAACAUUUUUCAAAGUUUUUCCGAGUAUAGCAUAUUUCAUCACAUCUUACUCCAGCAGAAAAUCGGUUCUCUCUGCAUCGAAAUAAUUACUCACGAGUUGAACAAAUACGAAGAUCUGAAAAACGGCGCUGAAACACCAAAGGAAGAAUCAGCCGAUAAAAGUAAACUAUUUCGUUCAAGGUUACCCGUUCCACGUAGCGUGAAAUCUGCUGUAUCGCCAGAUUCGCAAAAAGUUAGAAGUCAAAUACCAGUUAAAAGUAAUCGGCGGUACUCCUUAGCGAUCGAUGACAAAAAAGACGAUCUAAAAUUGAACGAAGAGAAUCGAAGAUACUCGGCGUUGAUACCGAAUUCAGUCUCAAUUACUGAUCACCUGAAACCUGAAAAGAAUCCUCAACGAAUUGAAGUAAUCGCUAAAAAACAAGAUCAACUAUUCACCGUUUGUUUUUCCUUACUGUUGCAUAUUUCGGAAAACGAGAAAAUUCAAGAUAAAAUGCGCCGACGUAAUAUUGUUACGUUACUGGUUCAAGCAUUGGAUAGAAAAUCAAUUCAGUUGCUUUGUGUAGUGGUGAGGUUUUUGCAGAAAUUAUCCGUGUACAAAGAGAAUAAAGAUGCUAUGGCUUCGAUGGACAUUAUCGAAAAGUUACCUCGAUUGCUGAUGCUAUCGUCGAAAGAAGAUAAUCCGUUGUUGAAUAACUUGUUGCCGUUAAUGUUUAAUUUAUCUUUCGAUCGAAAACUAUCCGAGCACAUGAUUCGGGUCGGAUUUCUUUCCGAGUUGGUCAACAUGGCAGAAAAAUAUCGAACUACGAAGAAUCGUAAAUAUAUACUCGGAUUGUUGUAUCAUUUCACGAUGGAUGAUCGUGUCAAAUCAAUGUUCGCUUACACAGACAGUAUGAACGUCAUUAUUAACAUGGUUUUAGAUCAAGAAGUCGGUAGCGAUCCUAUAUUCAAAGCUUUAUGCGUAAAUUUAGCCUUGAAUAAUAAAAACGCAGAAGCGCUGUGUGAUUAUCGAUGCAUCAGCACUAUUAUGGAGAAAGCAUUCAACACGAGAGAUCCAAUUUUCAUGAAGAUAGCUCGCAAUAUCGUCUCUCACGCCAAUACCAAACACAUGUUCGAGAUUUAUGCGCCGGAAAUAGCUAAAUCCAUCAAGAUGUAUAUCCGUUCCAAUAAAGAAUUCGCCAGCGAAUGUAUCGGCUUCUUAGCGAAUUUAUCUACCGUCGAUGUCGAUUACCACGCAUUAUUUGAGAAAUUCCAGCUUUUCCCCAUAAUUGAGAAAUGUUUCACCGAUCUGGAUUACGUAACCGACGAUAUAAGAUUAGAAAUACUCAUCUUGCUUGGAACAGUCGCUUAUGAUGAGACAAUGGCGGAUUCCUUAUUCCAAAAGAAAAUACUCUCGUUGUUGAUAAACCACAUCAAAGAUAAACAAGAAGACGACGAGGUCGUGUUACAAAUUAUAUUCGUUUUCUACCAAGUUCUGCAACAUCCGCUGACUCGAGAUUUCGUCACGAAGAAAACAGACGCACCGCUCUACUUUAUCGAUUUGCUGCACGAUAAUAAUCCAAAUAUUCGUAAAAUCUGUCGCGCCUGUCUCGAUAUUAUCAAAGAUUUCGAUGAUACGUGGACCGAACGUGUCAAGUUGGAAAAAUUCCAGUGGCAUAAUUCCAAUUGGUUGGAAAUGAUUCAAAAUCAAAUGAUGAACACCGGUGCAUUCGAUAAAACAUUCAGCGAUGGCAACGACGACGAUGCUUUACCUCAUUACGAUUUAUUCCAGCAAUCUCUUAUGUUCCAGUCUGGCUCUCAUUUGUCCCUAAGUGUAGAUGGAAGUGUUGAAGUUAUUUCCAAUCCGAUGAAUUCGGAAGAAAGUAGCCAGUCUAUUAGUGAAUAUAACAGCGAUGCUGAUUUCGAUUUAGAAUUCACUCGUAAACGGUCACCUUAUUAUGAUAAGUUCGAUUCUAGAGAAGGUCUUAGUAAUUUAAUAUUCACUGAUAACGGCGGUAUCGAAAUUUAAAACCAAAAAUAUUUAUUUUUAUAUGACUAGUCAUACGUUGAUUUAUCUAAUUAGCUAAUAGAUAAUUAUUUUAUGUUAACCAUUUUUUUGUUUUCCUUUGAUUAUGAUUUUGAAGUAAAUGUUUUCGUUCUUUGAAAUUUAUUGCAAUUGGUUUUAUAAUAAAACUUGAGUACUUAUUCACAUUUUUUCCUGGUGCUUUGUUAACAUUGUUAUUAUGCAGUAUUGAAAGUCAUAUUCGAUAAAUUAUAUACCUAUUUUAUUUGUUUUACUAACCAUUGCAUUAAUAGUGUUAUUGUUCAUGUUUUAAAAUUAAAAAUAUGAUUGCUUGUGCUUUUCAUUCAU